AUGGAAAAGUUAGAGCAAUUAAGAGAUUUGAGAAAAGGCAUAAAAAAGAUUGUCAAGGGAACCAAGCUGGUAGUUUUAGUGGUUUUUGGUGUUUCUAUAUGGGGAUGUAAAUCAAAACCAAUAUGUAAUCACCUCGGCUCAGACCUCCCUCCCUUUAUCCCUAAAAUGUUUUGCAAGAACAGAAUAGGCACUUUGCGUUCCAAGAAGACAACGCCAGCUAUCAUUCUGGGUCAUAUUCGAGAUAGUGAAAAACCAGUCGUAAGAUCCGGGAACUUGACUAGUGAUCAGUGCAAAUCCUGGAUCUUAGCCCUAUUGAGCAUCUCUGAUAGUGAAUUUGAGAGAGCGUAUGAGUGA